AUGGAGAAUGGAGAAUUAGAGGAGGAAGUUUAUAUGGCUUAUCGACUUGGUGUAAAUGAAAAACUUAACCAAGAAGGCAAAGUUUUUAGGCUUAAGAAAUCUCUUUAUGGCAUGAAACAAUCUCCUAGGGCAUGGUUUGAAAAAUUUAGCGGUGAAAUGAAGUCUGUUGGUUAUAAACAAAGUAUGCUAGACUGUAAGCCAGCCGAAACACCAGUGGAAGUAAAUAGCCAUUUUGAAGGUGGAUCAAAUGAGAGAUAUGAUGAUGUGGGGCGAGAUCAAAGGCUAGUAGGGAGAUUGAUUUACUUAACACACACUAGGCUUGAUAUUACUUUUGCAGUUAGUAAGGUCAGCCAAUAUAUGCAUGAACCACUUGAAAAGUAUAUGGAGGCUGUGUUUCAAAUUUUGAGGUAUUUGAAAGGAUCUCCAACAAAGGGGAUUUUAUUUAAAGAUAAUGGAAACUUGGAUAUUUCAUGUUUUACUGAUGCAGAUUGGGUAGGAGAUAGAGAUACUAGGCGUUCUACCUCAAGGCAUCUUACUAUGAUUGGUAGAAACUUAGUAUCUUGA